CUCCCCGAUCUGAAUAGAUCGCUCGACUUUGAUGAGCUUCGGGACCUCCUCCCCUUGUUUUCCUUGACGAAGAAGACGAUUACUUCUUCUUCCAUCAUCACAGCUACACGCGAAUUCGUCUUCAGUUACAUCAAUCUUUUUAGAAAAGAUCCUGAGUUCGAAAGUGUAGGCUGUGUUUUUUUUUUUUUUUUUUUUCGUUAAUUUUUACAUCACUUAGUUUCCGGAGUUUUGGACUAAAAUGAUGUCGCCGAAGCAAAUCUCCGACGAUCGAGGAUCUCCGCAUUUCAGACAUACACCAUUCCAGAUAAUACACCUCAUUGGGAACUUUUUUAGGAUAUGGUCAGUUUAUUCUAUGUACCGCUACUUGAAUCAGACAGGAGCGCCAGUUGUUCUCUUUCUCUUCUGCUGUCUGGUUCCUUCGUCCAUCAUCUUCUUGAUACUUCAAAAGCCAUGGAAAGGAAGGGCGCUUUCUAAUCAACAGAUUGUACCUUCUCUUAUCAAUGGACUCAUCACGGCUCUGUACUUCAUCUUAUGGGGAAAAGGUCUUAAGUCUUGUGGACCGCUUAGAGCUAUCUUGUCAGAGUACUCCGGUGCUGUUCUUGGAGUACUUUCUGGAGUAUUAUAUGGACGGAGAGGUCAUGUGUGGAAAAAGGUAGGUGGCCUCAUUGCAAUGCUGGUAGCACUUUUUUUCUUGUCUCAAGGAUGGGCAACAUCAUCUCUCUCCCCGUUUUCAACAAAAGACAGUACUGGGAUCAAAGAGGAAGAAGUACAAACAGAACAAGCACUAGGUAUGAUGGGAAUGAUGGUACCAGUUUUUGCUGGAAUCUUAUCAGCGUUAAGGCGGGUUAUUGCGCGCCGUGUUUCCUUAAAGAACCAGCAGAAGAAACGACUGCAUGCGAUUACCAUUACUUCUGCAACCUGUUUCUUGUUUCCUCUGGCCAUGUGGGACCUUAUCAUAGGCUCAUCUUCUGGGAAAACAUCCGAGUUGCCAUUUUCUGCGUGGGCUUUCCUUAGCACCAUUGUUUUUGGGAUCAUUGUUAUCUUUUAUGUUGACAAUAUCGCAGAAGAGAGACUGCAUAUGGUGUUUUCUUCCCCGAGGCAUUUAAUGGUAGCAGGUGUAUGCAUAAUAGUCAUGGAGUUAGCUUACGAGAUGGAUUUUUCUCUUCCCGGUUUCAUCGUCUGUUGCUUAGUAUUAGGGUUUGGAAUAUUCGAGGCGACAUCUCUUGAACGUAGCAAGAAAGACUCUUCGUUGAAAUCAGAGGAUCCAUCAAACGGAAUCCUUGGUAAUGAUUUUGAUACUUCUCCAAUUCUUCCCAUAUAGCUUUACCAAUCUCUCACCACACUAACGACGAUGUACUGUUGAAUGCUUGACGAUGUAAAUCUAUCUGGUUUUAACUUGUUCUCGAUCUUCAUACCUUCAUUUUUUUUCCUGUGUUUUUCUUGGUGAGUUAUCUACAUUUUUUUUUUGUCUACUCUGCCAUGAGAUGAGUAUGAUUACGGUAUUGUUAUUUUACGGUUAUAGAAGAAUGGAAGCUACAUUAGUGAACUGUUAAA